AAUUAGCUCAAACUAAUAUCAAGCUCAUAAAAGAUGAUACAAAAAGGAUAACAGGAAUAUCAAAGAAGACGAACGUUUCGAUUUUGUAGUUUUGCGAAUUCUUGUUUGAUCAUGCCCUCAGUUGCCUCUGUCUUGGACAAAUGUCCUUACGCUGCAGGUGAAUCAUUGAAACGCAAGAAUAUUGAUGAAAAGAGACAGCUUGUUCAUGAACUGUCCAAUGAUUCUGAUUCCGCCUUUGACGUCUUGAUGAAGUGGGGUCGUGCGGAGCUUCUACAAGUCUUGUGCGCAGAGUUAGGAGAGAGAAAAAACAAGACUAGGUUGAAGAAAGAUCAGAUCAUCAACAAGCUCUUGAAAGUUGUAUCAGAGAAGAAAGAUUCAUCAACAACAACUGAGAGGAACUCAAAAAGACAGAGGAAGAACGUUAGCUCAGUUAAAACCACUAAAGGUAAAGAUACUUUAUACUGUACGAACCUGGCUUGUCAAGAUAAGGUGAGCCGGGAGGACAUCUUCUGCAGAAGAUGUUCCUGUUGUAUCUGCGGUGAUUACGAUAGCAACAAGGAUCCAAGUAUAUGGUUAGCCUGCGACUAUGAUCCUCCUUUUACUUGUGGUUUCUCAUGCCAUCUUGAGUGUGCAUUAAAGAGUGAGAAGUCUGGUAUCAAGGAAGAUGAGCCAAGUCAUGCUGUUGAUGGAUGCUACUACUGUGUCUCUUGUGGCAGAACAAACAGCUUGCUUGAAUGUUGGGAGAAGCAACUGACGAUUGCUACGGAAACCACACGCGUAGAUGUACUUUGUUCCCGUCUUGUCUUGGCUCAAAAGCUACUUAAGGGUACGGAGAAGUACACAAAGCUGUCUGAACCAGUUGGGAAGGCUGUCAAGUGUUUAGAAACUGAACUGGGUGGUCCUCUUAAUGAUCUUCCAUCAAUGAAGCGUAGAGGAAACGUAACCAGACUUGCCUCAGCGCCAAACGUGAAGGAUCUUUGCUCUUCCGCUUUGACACUCUUUGAUGCAUUGACCAAGAUCAGAUUCGAGGAUGUUGAUGCGACUUCACUCACUCUGAUUCUUGGUUCAGAAAAAGGAACGUCCUCAAAGGGAUACAUCAUUCAUUACCGUGUAUGGCAUCGUAAGGCCUCAGAGAAAGAUUACACAGAGAAACUGACUUGUGCAUUGGUGUCUCCAAAGACAAGGUAUGUUGUCUCUGGACUAACUCCCGCUACAGAGUAUUGCUUCAAAGUCGUUUCCUUUAGAGGCCUCAAAGAAACGAGCGUAGUAGAAACCAAAGUCUCUACAAAAACAUCUCAAGAAGAGGAAACAACUUCAAGCGAAAAAGAAAAACAGUUGGCCUUAAAAGAAACUGUUAUUGAGAAGGCUGUCGGUGUCAGCAACGGUGAGAGUUCAUCGGACCGAGGUCUUGAGUUUGAGGACUGCGUCGGGGUUUUAAGACAGCUUGAGUUGGGAGGUAAUGUCGAUACGGAGUUCAGACUGAAGUUUCUGACUUGGUAUGGCUUACACGCCAAUUCUGAUAAGAAAAACCUUGUGAAGGGCUUCGUUAACCAGUUGGUCAAAGAUCCAAAAGCUUUGGCUGACCAGCUCAUUCGUACAUUCUCUGAUCUCAUAUAGAGAAAGCCUUCUGCGGUUGGUGGUUGAAAUGCCUUUUUGUUUUUGUUUGUGUUUUUGCUUUACUUUAUGUUUGUGUUUUUGCAUUUAUUGGUGGAACAUAUUUCAUGGAACAAUAGAGUUUGAUGGUUGAUUUGAAAAAAAAAAAAUAGAGACUUCAAUGGAACCCUAUAGAGAGUCUCC